AUGAGCUUCAAACGCGGGUUCUUUCACUUCAAAUCUUCUGUGGGCCUUUCGAAGAAAACAGUUGACACUGAUUUUAACCUUAUCAAAGAGAACAUAGUUGGCAUUGAAAAAAAGCUGAAGUCAGUAACCGAACGAAUACAAAAGAUUCCAAUGGCGGCGCAGAGUCUUAUUUCUUACCAAAAAGAGGCGGUCAGACUUUUGCACGACUGUACCACUGACGGCGCGCCAGCAAAAUUGAGUGGAGAAAAAAUCAUAUCGUAUUAUGACAAAAUGGAAGACGCUGGAAUUGAGAUCAAAGAGCUAUUGAUUAGUCAAGUCGUCGAACCACUCAAGCUUUAUCUCGACCAAUGGGGCGUUUUGUAUAAAAGAAUUGCUGUACUGAAAAACAGAAAGAUGGAUAUGGAUCGACACUACGAAAAAUUCGAACAAAUAUCGAAGAAGUCUGCUAAAAAGCAGAAUGGGCUGUCAGAGGCCGAAGCCAAGUACAACACAUCGAAAGAAAGCUACUUGCUCCUCAGAAAUGAGCUGACCAAAGAUCUUAAAAAACUUGAGAAGGCGACGGAUGAUGCCAGCGAAAGAGUACAGGCAUCUUUACUACUUUCGUUUUCGCAGUAUUUGAACACCAUGAAUUUGUCAUGGCAACAAGUUCCCUCAGUGUUGUCUAAGAUGAACUCGUCACAAAUAGACACCCAACCAGUUUUCACGCCCAACGACUUGUCCUUUGUGAAUGAAUGCAACGUGCAAAGUCACUUGAGGUCUGGGAGAUCUGUUUUGGAUGUCGACGGUACCACUGACACUGCUGAAGUGAAGGUUGCUCCUCCACUUCCAAACGGUGUGAAUACAUUUUCAUCAAAUUUAAACAAUGGAGAAAACACAAUUAAGGAACUCUCGCAAAACGUUGUUGUGUGUCAAUUUGAGUAUGAAGCAGAGAACGAGACUGAAUUAUCCAUGAAAGAAGGGGAUGUGAUCAAUAUCAUCAACAAAAAAGGUGAUGGUUGGUGGCAGGGAGAGUGCAAUGGAAAGGUUGGAUUCUUCCCAUCAAAUUAUGUUAAAUGA